AUGCCAUCUUUUUUUUCUCAUUUCAGACAUCGGAAGAAUGCCAACGGCACCACCUCUGUAGCGUCAAGUGCUGAGAUUACUCUAGAGUUUACGUACCUUCUUCUCCGUCGCAUAGAAAUUCCACUGCAAGCCUACAUCUGCUGCAGCUCGCAGCGUAGUCUGGCCCAACUGCCCAGUCACCUGCAACCACUAAACGUGGAGACAGUUGCGAUGGCCUUGAGUAGCCUCAUUGUUCCCUUGGCUACACUUGCCUUCGAAAUAUUUAUGCCCCAGAUUAUGCGCAAACGACAUGAUGCCAUCGAUGGAGAGGCUGUUACCAGAUAUGCGGAAACCCUGCAAGAAAAAUGCAUGAUCAGUAUCCUCAACAUCAUUGGCAUCACUGCUCAAUGUCUACCCAAAUCAACUGUAUUGGGGAUCCAUACCAAGGAUCUCUUGAAUGACCGCAAAACUUCCACUCUAACCUCAAUCCAAGGACUAACAAAUCGCAUGGAAACGCAGGUCACUGGGACGGUUCGAAUGGAGAGCGUUUGUGGAAAAUUCAUUAGUGUGCUCAACGAUAUUUUCAAUUUUGCUAGACGCAAUUUACAUCCCCAAUCCUUCCUCCGUGGCGCUCAUUGGUGGUGGAUGGGGCAGAUGUGUUUGAACCUUCCCAAACUUUGUCAGACUUCUCCCGGUCACAUCGAUACAUCGUGUCUGGUUGAACUCCUCUGCAAUGAGCUCUCUGCUCUGCAAGGUCGUCAACAUUCUGAAUCACUCACAGAUGCUUCAAAGUAUCUAAAAGUUCCCUCCAUACUCACCGAUCAACGUAGAUGCAGUGAUUUCCCCACUUCGACAUCUCCAUCUUCACCUCGAUGCGGUGAACUCAACUGGAUUCGAGUUCGUCAAGCAAGUCUUCCUCAUUCUAGUAGCGGUAGAUCUGCCACCUCUCCUGAUACCGUUUCUCAAGAUGCUAGUCAAUACUCUGAGAUCCAAGCAGAUAUUGAGGCAACUGAUGAUGAAGCGUCAAAAUCUACAUCGACCUCUUCAUCUUUGAGUGCCUCUAACUGUGAUGACUUGAAAAAGUCUCAACCUCAGGGAAAACAAGCAUUAGAGGUGGUGGAACCAUCUCGGUUAAGCAGAAAUGACUUCCCACCCCUUUCAAUUGAGGAAACUAUGAUUCUGGUAGCCAAGUUGAUCAAAUGCAGUGAUGCAAAGACGAUUGAACCGCUGCAAAACAUCAUUCCUCGUCAGGUCGUUGUUUGUGUUCGCGAGAUGCUUGAACAGGAGUGUUCAGCAUGA